AUGUUAAAAUUAAUAUUUGUGCUCGCUUUAAGUGCUUUAAUUGGAACUAAAGGCAACUAUUUUGGAGAUCUAUACAAGUGCAAUGACGUGCUGUUAAAAUGCCAGGAAACUGAACUUCAAUUAGGAAAGUACAACGAAAUAACAAAUGCUUUUAAUCGAAACUGCAGUAGAGAAGUUGGUUCCAAGUGGAGUAAUAUUACAAGAUGUGAAUUAAAUGCCAUUAAGUGUUUGUUACUCGAGAUGAAUGGCUUGGAUGUCAACUGUGAAAACAUCGCGGACGUUAUACAUCUUUAA